GACAGGGCCCCGGAUGUAGUUAGGGGCGGGGUUUAUUACCCGGAAAGAAAAUGGCGCGGCGCACGGAUACACAUUGGGAGGACGAAGCAUUGGACGAUGUUCCUGACCUGUCGGAUGACGAUGGGAUGGGCGACGAUGCAGCCUGGGAGGAUGAGGAGGGGAUCGCUGAACCCGACGUGCGCUGUCUGUUUUGUGAAAGGCUCUCCCUUUCGGCUGAAGAAACAUUUUCUCACUGCAAAUCCCAUCAUCAGUUUAAUAUUGGCUCCUUCAUGAGGAAACACGGCCUUGACUUCUACGGAUACAUAAAGCUCAUUAACUUUGUCAGAGCUACGGGGGGCGCUGCUGAGUCUCUGAGUCACGUGACUGCGCCGCUGCCUUGGGAUAACGAUCAGUACAUGAUUCCGGUUGUAAAGGAUGAUCCUCUCCUUCAGUUUGAUGUGGAGGAUCUAGAAGACUGCGCCAAUGAGUCGCCGAGUGCGGGGGAGCCGUCCAUGUUUGAGCGCUGCCGGCUGGCAGAGAGCCGAGCUCAGGCCGCAGAGACAAAUUUAUCCUUGGCCCUGGAAGAUCUUCACAAAAUGAGACAACUUGCGCAGGAUUUUGUGAUGAACGCAGAUGUCAGACACAGCCCGUCUUCCGCAGGAGCCAUCGCUGACCUGGAUGAGGAUGGUGUGUACUUCAGCUCCUAUGGGCACUUUGGGAUACAUGAAGAGAUGUUAAAGGACACGGUGCGGACAGAGAGCUACAGGGAUUUCAUGUACCAGAACCCUCACAUAUUCAAGGACAAGACGGUGCUGGACGUGGGCUGUGGGACUGGAAUCCUCUCCAUGUUUGCAGCCAAGGCAGGAGCUAAGAAAGUGAUUGGGGUGGAUCAGUCAGACAUUAUCUAUCAGGCCAUGGACAUUGUCCGGCUGAAUGGGCUGGAAGAUACCGUAUCUCUGGUUAAAGGCCGAGUAGAAGAUGUGGAUCUGCCCGUGGAGAAGGUCGACAUUAUCAUAUCGGAAUGGAUGGGCUAUUUCCUCCUGUUUGAGUCCAUGUUGGAUUCGGUUAUCUGUGCCAGAGACAAGUACCUGAAUGAGGACGGGGCAGUGUACCCCGAUACCUGUACCAUGAGCUUGGUGGCCCUGAGCGACGAGACGAAGCACGCGGGGAAGAUUGCAUUCUGGGAAAACGUGUACGGCUUCAACAUGUCCUGCAUGAAGAAAUGCGUCAUUCCCGAAGCCGUCGUGGAAGUAGUGAAAGCGGAGACGCAGAUUUCGGAACCUUCUAUCAUAAAGAACAUCAACUGUCAGACAGCAACCAUAAAGGAUUUAGAUUUUGCUUCGGAUUUCUCCCUGAGUGUAACCAGGGAUGCACCUUGCACGGCACUCGCCGGUUACUUUGACGUUUGCUUUGAGAGGAGCUGCGAGAGAGCGGUUUCCUUCUCCACGAGCCCCUCGUGCACCAAAACGCACUGGAAACAGACGGUUUUUAUGCUGGAGAAGCCCAUCCCUGCCAAAGCCGGGGACGUGUUGGAAGGCAGAAUAACUGUGCGCAAGAACCGGAAGGAUCCGCGCUCCCUCAUUAUUACCCUUCUAUUAAACGGCGCCGCCCACACAUAUGCCCUCCAGUAGCCAAUCCCUGCCAGCCUUAGUACCUAGUAGCCCAGAUAUGUUUUAUACAGUACCGAUGUGGAAUAAACUGGUCUCAGCUGAA